AGAGGAGGGGCUGGUGUUACAUGCUACAUUAGAACUACUUAAGUUAGGUGUUAGUGGUGAACACUGGCACAGACAGUCCACAGAGCAGCAUCAGGAUGGAAAGGAUCUUCAUUGGUGUCUUGUGUCUCUCAGGGUGCCUCACCUUCUCCACCUGCCUCCUCCGUCAGUACCACUUUGUGUCUGAUGCAAUGACUUGGACUGAAGCUCAGAGCUACUGCAGAGAGAAUUACACAGACCUGGCCACUGUUGAAAACACUGAAGAAAUGAAGAAUCUUAAAGACACAGUUUCCGCUGCUGGUCACAGCUCUGAGGUUUGGAUUGGCCUGUACAGUGAUAUUGACUGGAAGUGGUCAGAUGGGUUCAAUGAGAGUGGAGCUGAAUAUAUGAGGUGGAAUGAUAGUGACCCAAACAAUUUCAAAGCCAAUCAGCUCUGUGUGGGCAUGAAGAACAAUGGAAAAUGGCAGGACAAACAAUGCCAUAAGAAUAGAAGAUUUGUCUGCUACAAAGGAACAUUAGAGGAUCCUAACUUUGUGCCAGUGAAUACAACAAAGAAUUGGACUGAGGCUCAGAGGCACUGCAGAGAACACUUCACAGAUCUGGCCACUGUGAGGAACAACGAUGACAACAAGAAGAUACAGAGGUUGAAACCUAACAGAUGGGCAUGGAUCGGUUUGUACAGAGAUCCUCAGAUUUACUGGUCCGACGAGAGUAACUACUCAUUCAGCUCCUGGCAUCAGGGUCACAACCCACUUCGCUCGAUGAAAGUCGUAUGUGGUGUUGCAGAUUUGAAGAAGGGAGGAAACUGGAGGUUGUUUUCCUGUGAAAAAAAAAUACCAUUUGUCUGCUACAGCAGACAAAUGGUGGGCAAUGGAUGGUGCUUCCUUGAGUGAAAGAGAGAGAACACAUCCUGACAUUAGAAAAACAGUUAUUGUCUCAAUAGUGAUUCUUAUAACAUUAACGCAUUAAUGAAUAUUUGGAUGAUGUUUGUUCUGUCUAUUGCUUCUUUACAGUGAGAGAAACUAGAAACGUCUUGUGAUGUACUUGUAUGUUAUCACUUCAUUAAUCUGCUCUGUGAUGGUUCUUCAAGACAAACGGACACUUUGGAACAUUUUGACUCUGUCUGGUUUCAGACUCCUUCACUAAUUCUCCUUGUGAAUGAGAUUUCAGCUCUUAGCUCUCAGCAGUUUUUUUUGUCAGAUUUAAAAGCAAAAUUACAAAAAAAACUUUAAAAAUGCACUAGUUUUGGUUUUAUGGAAACCCCUGUUUUAUAGAAAAUAGAUUGGUAAGAUUAAGUAGACAGACAAAAAAUGUGUAAACUAAUAAAUGAAUCAAUAAAUAUAUGUUUAUGCAACAUGAA